AUGUCUACAGCAAUCAAGAGCCUUGAAAACCAAGUUGGACAAAUUGCAGCCUCCUUGAGUCAAAGAGAGCCAGGAAAGUUUCCAAGCCAAGUAAUUCCAAAUCCUAACGGAGACCAUGAAACAGCAAAGGCGAUUACUCUUCGAAGUGGAAAAGAGGUGGAAAAUGUUGACAAUGACGAGAGAAAUUCAACCAAAACAGUGGCUGCCCCCUCUCCCAAGCUUACGGUUCCAAGUGACCACUCUAAGAUAAGUUCUCUUGUGAAUCAUUCGAUUACUUCAAAAGUUCCUUUUCCUCGUAGGUUUGAAUUCAAAGAAGGAGCAAGUUUCAAAGGAUAUCCUAGAGACUUUUCAAAAGUGCAAGUGAACAUUCCCUUGCUCGAUGCGAUCCAACAAAUUCCAAGCUAUGCAAAAUUCCUCAAAGACCUUUGUACAAAUAAGAGAAAGUUUAAGGAGCAUGAAACCGUGGCCUUGAGUGAAGAAGUCUCAGCUGUGCUAUUGCGUAAAUUGCCUCUUAAACUAAAGGAUCCAGGGAGUUUUACUGCACCUUGUCUCAUUGGAAAUCAAAGGUUUGAACAUGCUUUAUUAGACUUAGGUGCUUCAAUUAAUUUGAUGCCUUUUUCUGUUUUUGAUUCUUUAAAUUUAGGUGAGUUUAAGAAGACUUCCGUGAGCAUACAAUUGGCUGAUCGAUCAAUCAAGUAUCCUAAGUGUCACGGGUCGCACAUAGACAAGUGCUACCGUGACUCCGUUGGGACAUCUAUGCGCUUAUGA